AUGCGGCCCUCUUUUUCUUUCCUUGCUGUUGUAUCCCGCAGCCAUUCAUCAAGGCUAAAGAAGCCAUCAAUAAGUUUAGAGCAUUUCAUCCAAAGACAACGAUCAUUGGCACUAUGGCGUGAGAUUGUUCGAGUUUUGAUUAAAAUCCCUCCCUCGUCUACCCGUGACGAGCUACGGUCUUAUGCUCGAGAUGAAUUUGAACGGCAUCGUAAUUUGACAGAUUUGUGUCUGACCUUUUCAAAGACAGGGAAGGCUGAGUUUACGACUAUGCGACGAUACAUUGAUGAGCAGCUCAUUUAA